AACAUAAUGUAAGAGCAUGUAAAUAUCAUCUUUGAUGACCUUUAAAUGGGAAAUCUAAUUCUUUUUAUAAUACAAUACCUAAAUAGUAAAAUAAUCAUAACAUCAAAGUAGGUUAAGAUUUUCUAUAUGCAUAAAUGAUCUCAUACCUUUGUUUAAGGACUAGUCUAUAACGAUUUAUUUUGUAGAAAUUUAACUUGGCAUGACUGAAGUGAUAUUAAACUUUAUGUGGCAAUCUUUGUAAAUGAUUUUCAUUCAUGUAAUAAAUAUUAAAAGAAUUUGACUAUAUAAUAAGUUGAUUAAAGAAAAGGUUGUUGACUGCAG